AUGAAGCCCGACAAUGAUCUUGUUGUGUUAUGCCAUGGGCAGCAUGAUGAGGUUGGGCUUGUAUGCUCUAUUGCUGUUAAGGAACAUUCUUCUGCCUCCCAGAAAGAACUUUUCUGCAAUAUUCAACUUCGUGACAAGGAUGGUCAUGUUCCUACAGCUAAUCCACACCAGCUUCUUCUAGAUAUGAAAGUACGAUGGUCCUCGACCUUUGUCAUGCUCCGACGUGCAUACAAAAUGUGUGAGGAUGUUAAUUACUUUGUUGGCCGACUCACAUUGCAAGACAGAGAUGCUUUGAGAUGCAAAAAGAUUGCCAGCUUAGAGCUGUCUGAAGAUGAAUGGUCUCAAGUCCAAAAACUUCUCUUGAUUCUUGGUGUAUUUUUCAUGUUAUUUUUCGCAGAGUUAGCACAGCAUUCGUUCUCCUCUGAGGAGGGUCCAACACUGCACCUGGCACUGCCAGCACUCAAAGCAUUACACAGUGCCUGGUCAUCUCAUUCAGCAUGGAUCAAAUAUAUCGAUUUUCAUCAAGCGUUGGAUGCCGCCGUUGAUAAAAUUUCAGAUUAUUACAUGAAGUCUGCCAGUUCAGAUGCCCACAUCAUGGCUAUGCUUCUGGACCCAACACAAAAGGCUGCUCAUAUCCGUCGUCAUUGGGGGAAUGAUUUACUGCACGAGGUGCUUGAGAAUGCUAAAGCAAUGUAUAAGGAGUCCUAUCUUGAGAUGCAUGGUGAUGAUGCAGGGAAGUCCUCAGCAUCUACGGAGCUUUGCACCAGCACCGGCAACCACAGAUUGGAUGUUUUGCUGAAUGAGCUUUCUGAUGGUGAUGAAGAUGCACUUGACACACCAUACCAGGAUCCACCAACUCUGUCUCGCACAUCUUCAGCUUGUCUUUUUGACUCGGUAGAUCCAUUGAAGCUGUGGUUGCACAACUUUCACGCAUACUUGAACUCGAAGGACCAUCUCGGAGGGAUGUCCAUUGUUCAAUGGUGGGUAAAUUCAGACUCUUCCAGACAGUCUUUAGAUGUUCAUCAGACUCAGGUUCAAUACCUGCAAGACAGAAAAGUGGCUGGAACUCAUUGGAGUUGA